AUGAAGGAGGGCGACAAGCAGGUGCUGGAGCUGCUGAACCGGCUACUGAGCCAGCUGGUGUCCCGACCGGCGGCGCCCGGCUCGCGCCGCCAGCGGCUGCAGCAGACGGCCGUCGCCAUCGCCAAGCGCUACAAAGAUCACGGCACCAGCGCUUCUCCCGAGGCGACCGGCACGCUCUACCUGCUGCUGGACCUGAUGUCGUUCUUCGACCUGUACCACCUGGAGCGCGGCGACGAGGCGCUGGAGGUGCUACGCCGGCUGCGUCUGGUGGCGCUGAGCGGCGACGAGCUGGAGCGUCGGCUGGCCGAGUUCGACCGGCUCCAGGAGGAGGUGCGCCGCUGCGUACCGGACGUCCUUCUGGCGGCCAUGACGCUGCUGCACGGCGCCCAGCGUCAGCUCGGCCAGGUGCGGCCGAUGGCGCGCGCUCUCGUCACGUUCGCCGGCAGCCUGCCUUACCGGCUGCCUGGCGACACGCACGCUCGGCUCGUGCAGAUGGAGGUGCUCAUGACCUGACGGCCGGGCAGGCCGCGCAGGGCCGGCUGGGCGGGUCGUCAUGUUGGCGCCCGCCGUGUCCACCGUACCGUUUUUUGUCUGGAAUACACGGCGGGCCUUGC